AUGCCUGUAUUAGGGAAUGCUCUAAUUGCCAACCAUGGUCACUUGCGGAAAUUCAUACCGGAGGUCCCAAGGGUCCACCUGAUAAGGUUGGUAUAUCGUAUCAGCUUUAUGAUGGAUGUGAUUCAUGAUAAGUAUCAUGUGGUUUUUAUCAUCGGACCUGUGAAGGAAGUGAGGAAAGCCGAGGCAAUGAUACGGGGUAGAUUCUUGGAUAUGUAG